CUUCCAACACCCAUACCACCACCAUCGAUGGCCCGCAAGGCUGCUGCGGAGGCAAUAACCACUGAGCCGCGACGCUCAACCCGGAUAUUAUCCCAGCCUGCACCCAAAGCCAAGAGAAAAGCUGAUGGUGAAGGCGGUAGAGCUAAAAAGAAGACGAAAAAGGUGGCAGAAGAUAUGGAAGAAUCAGCACAAGAAAAGGCCGAGCAGCUCCAAAUAGGCUCUUCGCUCGCUGGACUGUCGAUAACCCUUCCGAACCAAAAAGGCGAGGAUGUAGAGAUUGGAAUGAUUGCCAGCGAACGGGGCGUGGUGCUCUUCCUGGUGCCCAGGGCUGAUACUCCCGGCUGCACGCAGCAAGCUUGCGCUUAUCGAGAUGCAUACGACAAGUUCACCGAGGCGGGAUACGACGUGUAUUGUCUGAGUGCCGAUGAAGAAGGGAAGCAGGGUAAAUGGAAGGAUAAGAAAACUCUACCUUAUGACCUUCUCUCCGACCCCAAGCGAGUGUUCAUCUCUGCACUCGGCGCCGGCACCACGAAGACAGCACGAAGCCACUUUGUAUUCGCAAAGGGCGGAGUUAUGAUUGACAAGCGUAUGCCAGUCAAGCCUGCGGAAAGUUUCAAACUGGCCUUGGACGCUAUCCAGAAAGAAUCUGAGAAGGGUGACGGGGGCACCAAGGAGGAGAAGGAUGAUAAAAAGGACGAAGGAGAUGAUGAAGCAUAGCUUGGGAAGAAGGUAUUAUUUUAGUGUAUCUAUUCGUUGAUUUUCUUUGUUGUGCUUUCGAAUCAGAUUUUUAUCGGUC